GCAAACACAGGAAACAUCCUGGAGGGCGUGGUAACGCUGGUGGUAUGCAUCAUCACAGGAUUAACUUUGAUAAAUAUCACCCUGGUUACUUUGGAAAAGUAGGCAUGAGACACUAUCACUUGAAGAGAAACCAAAAGUUCUGUCCUACUGUCAAUUUGGAUAAACUAUGGACGCUUGUCAGUGAACAGACAAGGCUCAAUUAUGCAAAAAACGAGGCUGGACUGGCCCCGGUUAUUGAUGUUGUGCGCUCA